AGCCACUGUGGGGUCAGGCCCUCGGUCCGGAAUGACCUUCAGGCCCCUUACUGCGCAAGGGAGAAUGGCCCAAGCGACGCAAACCAGGGGCCAGAGCAAGGCAAAUGCCAACCGAGAACCCCCUCGGAGGCAUCCAAAGCUUGAACGAAGGAAAGAGGCCGUGGAGGUAGAGGAGGACGAUGAUAAAGAAGAGCAUGACGAUAGGCUGCGUCAAGAGGAGGAUCGAAGGACGGAGGAAAGGGCCAAGAAGAGGGGAGCCCAAGAGGAAGCCGAACCGAUUCUGCACGAUGUAGCGCCAAAGAAGAAAAAGUAUGCGGUCCAGUUGGAGGAAGGGUUUGACGUGGAAAAGGUGAUCGAUAGGUUGCUUGAAGAUCAUAACGACCUUGUGACCUUGAAGGAGAUCCUGGCGUCUGCCCCUAAGCUACGUAACGAGCUAAAGGGGAGGCUUUCACGACGUCUGGUGCCAAAUGUCCAUCUAAGCGUAAUUCUGCCAAAGGAGGCAGAAUGGGCGGAAACUGGGACAAAGAUGAACUGAAAGUGUGUGGUCUGCGGGAUGGUGGAUUUAGUGGUAAAGGGAUCGAAGUGCGUAGCAAUGGUGGAUACAGGGGCGGAGAUGAAUAUCAUCAAGGAAGUUGAUGCACUCAGGUUUGGGUUGGAGAUAGACUGCUUGGAUUGCAGCAUUCUGCAUGGGGCCAGCUGCAAGGCAGUAUUUUGCGGAACAACAUCAAACGUACUUAUUGAGAUUGGGAGCGUAAAGGCCGAAGCUUGCUUCUUCGUCAUGCCAGACGUAGAUCAUGCCAUCCUCCUGGGGAGGUCAUUCCUAUACAGGACAGAGACGUUGAUGUUCAACCAACACAACGGAACUUUGAUCUUGAUCCUGUGUGACCCGGCAGGCGGAAACUAUGAAAUAGUUACUUGCCGGAACAAAAGCCUACGAAGUAU